AUGUGCGUUGGUAGCAGGCGUGGAAGCAGUGAAAGCUAUUAUCGUGAACUUGGCGAUCAAGACACUCUGAAAAUUGAUGAUCAAUCCGUCAUCUCUGAUGAUUCCGAGGGAAUGGUGCAAGUCGAACAGCCGCGGCGGCAACUACUGGACGCGAGAGAUAUAGAGAACAUGGCGAAGCAUUCUGUGUGCACGGGCCGCUUCCUCACGAUGCACAAGCGGCGGAGGAAGCGCCUCCUCACCAGGUCCCUAAGCCAGGAGUCGGCACUGCUGGACGACCUACUGCAAGGACAAGUGCAGUGCAUCCUCCAGCAGUCGGUUCUAUGGAGAUUCAACGCUUUCACCUUGGAGAACGUGUCAGGCGGCCGCUGCUUACCAGUUCUCUGCAUCCACCUGUUCCACAUGUACGGAUUGAUAUCCCACUAUAAGCUGGAUGUGGCGAAGGCGUGGAAGCUCUUCAGCAUGAUCGAGGAGGGGUACCACAGCACCAAUCCAUACCACAACUCGGUUCACGCAGCUGACGUCACGCAGGCUAUGCACUGCUUUUUACAACAGCAUCGAAUCCGAGAACACUUGGAGCCGUCUGAAAUUAUGGCAUCCCUGCUAGCAGCCAUUGCCCAUGACAUGGACCAUCCAGGGGUGAACCAGCCCUUCCUCAUCGCCACCUCAAACCAUUUGGCUGCACUAUAUCAGAACACAUCUGUUCUCGAGAACCACCAUUGGAGGUCCGCUAUAAGUUGCCUGAUUGAGAGCGGGCUGCUCGAUCGUGACAUCAGGGUCAAGCUGGAGCGGCAGAUCAGCUCGCUUAUCCUCGCCACGGACAUCACACGCCAACAAGAGUACCUGAGCCAGUUUAAGACCUACAUGGACACAAAUACCCUCGAUUUGCGGAACAGCGACCACCGCCAUCUAGUACUACAAAUAGCGUUAAAGUGCGCGGAUAUAUCCAACCCCUGCCGACCAUGGGAGAUCAGCAGGAAAUGGAGCCUAAAGGUCUGCGAAGAGUUCUUCCGUCAAGGGGACUACGAGAGAAAACUUAACCUGCCCGUGACUGCGCUGUGCGACCGACACACCACGUCCAUACCCAAGAUUCAGACGGGUUUCUUCAAGUUCGUCGUUACCCCGCUGAUAAUGGAGUGGCACAAGUUCUUACAGAACGACCUCUCCGCCCAAAUGCUCGAAAACCUAAUGUACAACCAGAACAAGUGGGAGUCGCUCGUCGCCCAAGAGAUAGCCGAAGAGACGCGCACCGAAAUCUCGGACGCCGACAUGGUCGACGACGACCUGGAAACCUGCUCCGGGACUAAUUUAUCAGACAGUUCCGAAAUGCUGCUUCCGCGCAGGAGUUCACUCAACCCACCGAAACCGAUCAGCCUCAGGCAACAACUGCGACGCUUCUCCGUACCGCUCAACGUGUUCCAAGAUUCGCGUUUCAAGAAGAGCCGGACCGCGUCUCUCGCAGAAACGCAGAGCAAGAGCAACGUGAGCAUGAUAGGUAGCGAGCAAUCUCUACACUCCCAACUCAGCGUUCGCGGCCACUGCGAGACCAAAGAAACGAAGGAGAAAGUGCUGAGCUCCGAGAAUCUCCUCCCGGAUUCCUCCAUCGCCUCGAUCACCACCUCGUGUCAGGCCAGCCGCCUGAAAACCGUUCUGAAGGACGGCAACACGUGGAAACUGGUCAGACAAGCGACGUUCCCGCCUAUGGAAAUGUCGGGUCAAGCGCAGGCGCUGCUUUGCCGACCGUUAUACACUAGCUCAGAAGAUACGACCACCCGGCAAGCCGAUUACCCGGAUAAGACGUACAAAUUUAAGGAGGAGAAGGAUAACAUGGGGCAUUAUGAAGAGAAGGAGAAUAUAAACACAUCAAACAGGUCGACUAACCGGUUGAGGGGAAGCCAGUUGAGGGAGAAUCUUUCAGCCGUGAACUUGAGCAUGUUCCCGGCGAAUGAACUGCUGGGCAGGAGGAAGUCUAUGCCGGCUGAGGAAAUAUUCGCCCCAAAAGAGAAGCGGAUGCGAGAAGUGGUCACCAUUCCGGAGAUCCUCCGCCAUGUCUACGGCAAGGACUGCGCGAAGCGGCGCCGGGGCUCCGCCCCCGCGCCGGUCAGCGCAUCGGAGCUGCCGGGCCUUGUAGCGUUGGCGAGGAACAGCUCGAACGGCAACCGACGCAAGCCGCCGCCGGUCACCUGCCAGCAAUGGAUGCAUAGCAUGGAGCUGCCGCACGUGACUCGACGCAGCUCGCUGCCCGUUGAGGAAUCUCAUCGCGUUGAACUUUCGUCUUCGGAUAAUUCAGUUUAA